UCAAUCAAAAGACUUUAUAAGGAGGAGGGGUAGAUUGCUUUAACAACCAUUCUUCAGAGCAGAAAUAGCUCCCAACCCCCUUUUUCUCUGUGAAUUUGGUUGAAGGAAUUUCCGGUUGUCAAUCAAUUCAACACUUUUCAAGAUGGUGCUGGAUGUCAUUAGAAACUGUGUAGAUUUUCAUGCUUCUUUCAAGUCUAUAUGUUUGGAAAGCAUUCUCUUCUCAGCAAUAUGUUUCCUGCUGCAAUUCUACCGUGCUCGUAUUUAUGUCUGUGCAAGCCAGAUGAUAAAAACAGAGUUUUUCUGCUUUAGCAACGAAAAAUAUCCAGAGAUCCUGUCAGAUGGCCACUGCCCACCUUCUGUUUGUAUGGAUGAUGAGAACAUCAGCGACUCUGAGAAUGAAAAAAUCCAGACUAAUAUCCGAACACAGGAUCUUGUUAGAAUAUUUCAUGCCCUGGACAGUAACAAAGAUGGGAGUGUAAGUGCAGAGGACAUACUAGGUCUGCUGGAGAUGCUUGGGCUUCAGUACCUUUGUGAUGAUAAUAUGAAGAUUAUGAUGGGUUUGCAGGAGCAUAUGAGCUGUAAUGAUUUUUGCAAACUUUGCCUGAGUCUGUGGGAGGAAGCUGAAUCUGAAGAAAGCAUGCAGGAAGUCUCUCAUGAAGGAGAGUUGAGAGAAGCAUUCUCUGUUUUUGAUAAAAAUGGUGAUGGUUUUAUCACCCCAUCUGAGCUUCAACAAGUCCUGCUAAGCCUGAGAUUGACAGAAGGGAAAGACUUGGAGAAUUGUGAAACUAUGAUAGCAAGAUUUGACAAAAAUUCUGAUGGUAGAAUUGAUUUUAUGGAAUUUAAAUACAUGAUGAAACUGAUAAACAGAUCUGAAUAGAUUUCUUAAAAUUGAGACCUAAACUCCUAAUACUCUGUUCAGAGUUUUUGAACUGUAUAUUGAAUAUAUUCAAAUCAUUUUGAAAAGUAUAGAUAUAGAAUUUCCAUAUUGUUUA